UGCCGCUGACGUGUGUGGCUAUCAACAAGCUCAGGCACAGCUGAGCCCGUCUGGAGUGAGGAUGAGAACAAAGAGUUUGAGAUGCUUAUUGCUGAAUGUCUUCCGGAAUUCCGGAAGCUCUACAGAAUCGGUGGGAUGCUGUGGCUGCUUGUCUCCCCGACAAGACCUCCGCGCAGAUACAGGAACGCUUCCAGAAGCUCAUCACCCACAUCAAUCUCAUCCAUAAAUCUUAUAUCAAUCUACAUCACACCUCUAUUGCACCUGCUGCACCUCACAACAUGCCUGCACCUCCCACCACAUUGGAACGCAAUCCACUCUCCCUCCCCGGAACAAGUGAACAAAACCAACCUGUCAACACCAACAUAAUCGAACACCAACUUUACCUGAGACUAGUGAUAGAAGAAACACAGGUCAUUGGACUCAAGAAGAGCAUGAGAACUGUGCCAUCAUUUGAGUUUGCUAAUCGAUGGAGAAUUUGUUUACAGAAGACUACUGAAGCAAAAGUAGGGGUGUACAUGCGUCGGGAUGAAACGGGGUUUGAUGUGAUCUAG